CGAGGGGCAGAGCCGCCGCCGAGAGCCCCGUCUCUCGCUCGCCUCCCCGCUCGCCGGCGCUCCCCGGCUCCCGCUGUCGGGCCGCCUCGCUGACGGGCGGCGGGCGGAGAGGGCAGAGGGGCGGCGAGGGGAUCGCGGUGCGGCCGCCGUUCCCUCCGGGCGCUCCGUGCCCGGCCGGGCAGCGCCGCCCGCCUCUUCCUCCUCCUCCCGCCUCCUUCUCCGCCGCGCGCGCUGCCCGACGAGGCCGGCCGGGAGCAGCAGCGGCCGCCGCCGCCGGCGGAGGAGACCCCGACCAUGUCCAGCAAGAGCCGGAAGAGCAAGGAGCAGGGGAGAGUGACCUUCCCCCCGCAGCAGCAGCAGCAGCAGCAAGAGGAGGAGGAGGAGGAGGAGGAGGCAGAGGAAGAAGAGCGGCAGCGCCGGCGCCGCGGCUGGAGAGGCGUCAACGGUGGGCUGGAGCCGCCGCCGUUGCGCGCCGUGAAGACCCUCCGGGAGCCCUACGGCUACUACCCGCCGCCGCCCUUCGCCAGCACCAUGUACAUUGAAGAAAGUCCGUCUCUGAGGCGUAUGACUAUGAUGAGGGAAAAGGGAAGGCGGCAGGCCAUCAGAGGCCCAGCAUUCAUGUUCAACAACAGAGGCACUAGUCUCACUGCUGAGGAGGAGCGCUUUCUAGAUGCAGCAGAGUAUGGGAACAUACCUGUGGUGCGCAAAAUGCUGGAAGAGUCAAAAACACUGAAUGUCAACUGUGUUGACUACAUGGGCCAAAACGCCUUGCAGCUUGCUGUAGGGAAUGAACAUUUGGAAGUGACAGAACUUCUGUUAAAAAAAGAGAACUUGGCACGGAUUGGAGAUGCCCUGCUGCUUGCAAUCAGCAAGGGCUACAUUAGGAUAGUGGAAGCAAUUUUAAAUCAUCCUGGGUUUUCAGUAAAUAAGCGACUGACUCUGAGCCCUUGUGAGCAGGAGCUCCAGGAUGACGAUUUUUAUUCCUACGACGAAGACGGCACCCGCUUUUCUCCAGAUAUCACUCCCAUCAUUUUAGCUGCUCACUGCCAAAAGUACGAAGUCGUGCAUAUGCUGUUGAUGAAAGGAGCAAGGAUAGAAAGGCCUCAUGAUUAUUUCUGCAAAUGUAAUGACUGUACAGAGAAGCAAAAGCAUGAUUCCUUCAGUCACUCCAGGUCAAGAAUAAAUGCCUACAAAGGACUGGCCAGUCCAGCUUACCUGUCCCUCUCCAGUGAAGAUCCUGUGCUCACUGCGCUGGAACUCAGCAAUGAGCUUGCCAAAUUGGCUAACAUUGAAAAAGAAUUCAAGAAUGACUAUCGUAAGCUGUCUAUGCAAUGCAAAGAUUUUGUGGUUGGAGUUCUUGAUCUCUGCCGAGACUCGGAAGAAGUGGAGGCCAUCCUUAAUGGGGAUUUGAAUUCAGAGCCAGUUGAAGCGCAGAGACACAGAGCAUCACUGAGCCGUGUGAAACUGGCCAUUAAGUAUGAAGUCAAAAAGUUUGUGGCUCAUCCAAACUGUCAGCAACAGCUACUGACUAUCUGGUAUGAAAAUCUCUCAGGACUGCGGGAGCAAACCAUAGCCAUCAAGUGUCUGGUUGUGCUGGUUGUGGCGUUGGGCCUUCCGUUUCUAGCCAUCGGUUAUUGGAUUGCACCAUGUAGCAGGCUUGGAAGAAUUCUUCGAAGCCCAUUUAUGAAAUUUGUGGCACAUGCAGCAUCCUUCAUCAUUUUCCUAGGCCUGCUGGUGUUCAAUGCUUCUGAUAGAUUUGAAGGUAUAACAACGCUACCGAAUGUCACUGUUACUGAUUACCCUAAGCAGAUCUUUAGGGUGAAGACUACUCAGUUCACUUGGACAGAAAUGCUGAUCAUGGUAUGGGUACUUGGUAUGAUGUGGUCAGAAUGCAAAGAGCUGUGGCUGGAAGGACCCAGGGAAUAUAUUUUGCAAUUAUGGAAUGUUUUGGAUUUUGGGAUGUUGUCCAUUUUCAUUGCUGCUUUCACAGCGAGGCUUCUAGCAUUCCUGCAGGCAACAAAAGCACAACAGUAUGUGGACAACUACAUUGAAGAGAGUGACCUCUCUGAGGUCACACUUCCUCCAGAAAUAGAAUAUUUUACCUAUGCUAGAGAUAAAUGGCUUCCAUCUGAUCCUCAGAUAAUAUCUGAAGGCCUUUAUGCAAUUGCUGUUGUUCUUAGCUUUUCUCGGAUUGCGUAUAUCCUGCCUGCGAAUGAGAGUUUUGGACCCUUGCAGAUUUCUCUUGGAAGGACUGUUAAAGACAUCUUCAAGUUUAUGGUCCUUUUUAUUAUGGUAUUUCUUGCAUUUAUGAUUGGAAUGUUCAUACUGUAUUCCUACUAUCUUGGAGCUAAGCUAAACCCAGCCUUUACAACAGUUGAAGAAAGUUUCAAAACCUUAUUUUGGUCAAUAUUUGGCUUGUCUGAAGUAACCUCUGUUGUCCUGAAAUAUGAUCAUAAAUUCAUUGAGAACAUUGGAUAUGUUCUCUAUGGCAUAUACAAUGUCACGAUGGUGGUAGUUCUGCUCAACAUGCUGAUUGCUAUGAUCAACAGUUCAUAUCAAGAAAUCGAGGACGACAGUGAUGUGGAGUGGAAGUUUGCUCGUUCUAAACUUUGGUUAUCAUAUUUUGAUGAUGGAAAAACAUUACCUCCACCAUUUAGUCUUGUACCAAGCCCUAAAUCAUUUUUCUAUUUCAUCAUGAGGAUCAUUAACUUUUCUAAGUGUAGGAGGAGACGGCUACAGAAGGACAUUGAAAUGGGAAUGGGCAAUUCCAAAUCGAGGUUAAACCUUUUCACUCAGUCGAACUCCCGAGUUUUUGAAUCGCACAGUUUUAACAGCAUUCUCAAUCAGCCGACACGCUAUCAGCAAAUAAUGAAAAGACUGAUAAAACGUUACGUUCUGAAAGCACAAGUGGACAAAGAAAAUGAUGAAGUAAAUGAAGGUGAAUUAAAAGAAAUCAAACAAGAUAUCUCCAGUCUUCGCUAUGAACUUUUGGAGGACAAGUCCCAGGCGACAGAAGAAUUAGCGAUUUUAAUACAUAAACUCAGCGAGAAACUCAAUCCCAAUAUGUUGAGAUGUGAAUGAUGCAACAAAGGAACCGUGGCUUCGACUACAGCACAACUAUUUAUUGGCAAUAAUAUUUCAGUAUCUCAUACUUGAAAAAUGUAUUGUAGAUUUUUAGCACUAAAUAACUUUAUGUACAGCUUCUCUGGAAUUUAGUCAUAGGAAAUUUUAUUAACUCAUCACCAAAACAUUGUUGUCUUCAUCUUAAACAUCUGAAAGUUAAGAACUAUCAAACUUUUUUUUCUUUUUUUUUUUUUUGCAUUGAUGCAUUAAGAGGGUAUAGUGAUACAAAUUACUGAUAUUUUAACAGGUUUAUGAAUACAUGCUGAAAAUCCUUUGAACUGAAUUUGCAAGAAGAAAUGAACAGAUACAAUGUAGUAUUCUGCUCCUUGCAGCAGCGAGGUGGGAACAGGAUCUUUCAGAGUGUGGUGAAUCAGGUAGAGUGGUGGGGGAUUGCCUGAGAUCCAGAUCCUCUCUAGUGAUGCUGAUCCCAGGCAGGAGCUGAGGAGGAGCAGGUGAGGGUGAGUGCAGCUCACAGGUACGUCCACACGCUUCCCCACAGCUGCUGUUUCACAAUUCAGCAUAUUGAUUUCCUCUGGCAAGGUUUGGUGGUUGGCUGUUCUUUUUCUAACAACUUUUGAAGGUAACGUGAUCUCAGUCCAAAGCUCCUCUUUAUGUGGUAGAAAUGGUUUUUUAAAAUUCAGACUCUGUGCAGGGCCGGUAUUUUGUUACUCGAUGCCUCAGAUGCUUCAUUGUUAAAUAAAAUAUUCCGACUUUA